CCCACCAGAGUAUCUGAGCCGGAGCGGCGGAGCCUCCCGGAUCACACGUUAACGCAUACCUCUGCCCAUACGCUCCCGUCGGUGAUUCCAGGGCCUCCUAAACCCCCCUCUGUAGAUCGUUUCACCGCCGGCGCCGUGCACGGUGUUUCCAUACCCUAAUCCCUCCCUCACUUGAUACUCUGAACUUUCCCAAGUAUCUUUUAUUUUCCAAUUUUUUUCUAUCUAGAUUUUUUGGUUGAUAAUAAUUGGUUCAAUGAACGAACCAAGACUGCCGAACCCUAGAGCGGGAAUUGGAUGCAACUUCGCCAACUCUAAGCAAAUGCCAAACGACUCAUCCGCCGGAAUUUCCAAGCCCGCGCCGCCAUCGAUACUCGAGCGCUUUAGGGCCAUGUUGAAGGAGCGAGAUGAGGAGAUUAGGGUUUCUUCGGAAGAUGGUGCCGUUUCCCCUCCGACUAUCGAUGAAGUUGUGCGGCUUUACGAUAUUGUUUUAUCGGACCUGACUUUCAAUUCGAAGCCUAUCAUCACUGAUCUCACCAUAAUUGCCGGGGAGCACACAGAACACGGCGAGGGAAUUACGGAUGCAAUUUGUGCUCGUAUUCUGGAGGCCCCAGUUGAUCAGAAAUUGCCAUCUCUUUACCUUCUUGAUAGUAUUGUAAAGAAUAUAGGGAGGGAAUACAUAAGGCACUUUGCUGCCCGUCUGCCUGAGGUUUUUUGCGAAGCAUACAGACAAGUCCACCCAAACAUGUUUCCUGCAUUGCGCCACCUUUUUGGUACGUGGUCCACAGUUUUCCCAUCAUCUGUCCUCAACAAGAUUGAAGCCUGCCUCCAGUUUUCCCCAUCCACAAGCCAUCAAUCUUCUGGAUUGACGAACAUGAGAGCUUCUGAAUCCCCUCGACCAGGUCAUGGAAUACAUGUAAAUCCAAAAUAUUUGGAAGCAAGACGGAAAUUGGUAGGAGCUGAAAAGUUGAGCUCAGCUGGUCGUGCUGGACAUGUAUCUUCUGACAUAGAUGCAUUAAAAUUGCUUCCAUCUGCAAGGCCCUCUUCUCCUCCUUAUGGUGUUGGCCGUGCAAGAUCAUUGUCACCGCCAGCUGAUGAUUUCGAUGCAGAAAAUUCUCGAGCAUUUGCUGAAAGAUCCCCGCCAUCUCAUGGUAGGAUAGAUUGUGGGGUCAAUGGAGUACUGGCUGGAGAUAAUGAGACAAUUGAAUGGCACAAAAAUCUUAUGCCUGAUAAUGGCAGUCAAAGGCUGGAAAAUUCUGCUGCCUGUAGUUUCAAAAAAGAAGCUGGGCUUCAAGGGCCUAGAGCUCUGGUUAAUGCAUAUGGAAUUGAUGAAAGAGAAAAAGAAUUUAAUUAUCAGCAUCAUAAGAUUGGUCAGCCAAAUGCAAAUGGUAUUAGCAAAAAGGCAGGUGUUAGAACAUGGCAAAGUACUGAAGAGGAAGAGUUCAAUUGGGAAAACAUGAGUCCAACUCUUGGAGAUGCUCAUAGGCAUAAUGAUGCCUCAUCAUCUAUGCUUCCACCUGGGAGAUAUAUUACUAGACCCCAUGUUGGUUCUCUUCAAGAUAUAUCUGCUAUCAAUGAGUCUAGAAGGAGAUUAUCAGAUCAGGCUCAUCCUUCUUUAGUUAAGCCUGUACCAGGGGCUACUGAUAAGAUCACUGGGCUGUAUGAGGAGGUUCCACUAAUUCCAGCUCCGAAUUAUAGUCAAGAAUCUCGUUUUCUCCAACAAGAUUUCCCGCAGUCAUCUCAUCACCAUAUGGGGGUUGAAGGAGGGGGAAGAGCUCUCACAACACAUCCUUCUGAAUCUAGAAAUUCAACUUCAGUGGGUGAGCUUAAGCCUUCUUUAGUUGGAAAUUUAACAAAUGUAGAUGGAAAGUUUUGGAGGCCUCCAAGCAACAAUUCUUCAUUAGCGAAUCCUGGUUUCAACUUGUCGAUCCAGGAUGCUCAAGCAGUUAAUGUGGGACUUUCAAAUGGUACAUGGACCUCAAUGAGCAUGCAUAACUCUCGGUCAUUAAAUCCAAUGCCUAUGCUCCUUCCUCAAAAGCAGAUAAGGGAUCAAUUUGAUACUAUGAGUGCAGUACCUGGUCAUGCUCAGCAUGAGAGACAUAUGGAUAACAUAGACACCAAACCACAGUUUGAGAUGCCCCGUUUGUCUGUUCAACAUCCUAGUGCAAUUCCAUUAAAUCUUCAAAGAUCCGGACAAAUUGGGCUAUCACAACCACUUCAGCAUUUUCAGGAUUUUCCUCUGACUAAGGGCCCACCAAGUUCGAUUGUGGUCCCAACGCGUAUGGUCAUGCCACAUUUUGGCUACCCUCAUCGAGGUCACGGUGUUUCAGGUGUGCAAAUGGUGAAUAUCCCAAAUAAUACAUCAUUGCAGUUCCCUGGAGCAGCCUUGCUCCCACCCAUAACUAGAUUUCCAAUUCGUGCUGCUCCACCACCUCAAAUGAUGCCCACACUUCAGACUUCGGGCCAAGUCUCCCAAAGUAGUGCUCCCCCACAAAGUGGUGCUUUUUCCAAUCUGAUAAGCACCUUGAUGGCUCAAGGUUUGAUUUCAUUAACAAACCAAGCCACAACACAGGACUCUAUCGGCACAGAGUUUAAUGUGGAAGUUUUUAAGGAGCGACACGAGUCAACAAUAACUGCUCUCUACUCUGCUCUUCCUAGACAGUGCACAACGUGUGGGCUCCGGUUCAAAUCCCAAGACACUCAUAGCAGUCAUAUGGAUUGGCAUGUAACCAAGAACAGGAUAUCUAAAAACCGGAAGCACAAACCUUCUCGCAAGUGGUAUGUAAGUCUCAGUAUGUGGCUAAGUAGUGCAGAGGCACUGGGCACUGAUGCAGUUCCUGGAUUUCCACCUGUUGAAGAUGCUGUGGAGAAGAAGGAUGAUGAAGAACUUGCUGUUCCUGCUGAUGAUGACCAAAAUGCUUGUGCUCUAUGUGGAGAGCCUUUUGAUGACUUUUAUAGUGAUGAGAAUGAAGAAUGGAUGUUCAAGGGGGCUAUCUACUUGAAUGCACCGCCUGCUGGUGGGUCAACAGCUGGGAUGGAUAGGUCUCAGUUAGGGCCAAUUGUACAUGCAAAAUGCAGAUCUGAGUCUAGUACCACUUGUGCCGAAAGUUCCAAGAAACACGCUGAGGGUGGUUUUACAGAUGAUGGAAGUCCGAGGAAACGAUUGCGCAGUUAACGUUUUUUUAGAUGAGCUUGUAGGCGCUGUGUAAUAUUAUAUGCCUGGUUUGGCUCAUGUAUUUGUACAGAUGUUAUUGUACCAGUCAGAUUUUAUUGCACAGAAAAAAAAAAGGUUACAAGAAUAGAUUUGCCAUAUUUAUCCGGCCUUGGCCUUGCCUUUCAUUCAAAUUUCUGCCAAUCUGCAUGAUCAUGACACAGCCAGUUUAGGUCUAGUGAGUGAGUCAGUCUGUUUAAGUCUUGAAUAGGAGGGGGCUGUCACAGUUGAAAUGUAAGGUGCUCUUUCUUUCACAGCCUUAGUUUCGCAUAAUCCAUUUUUUAAAAAAAUUUCUGCUUUGGCAUGGCAGUUUUUUGCAGGAGGAUAUGUUUUUUCGGGGGCGUGCUGGGCUGUUUUUCAUGCUGCUAAUAUCCUGUUUGAGUUUCCCC